CUGUGAUGUCCGUCAGCUGAGAGUGAGGCUCCUUAUGUUCGGAUUAAUAGUGUCUGUUUCAAGGGAUUAGACAACAAGUGUAGUUAACAAGUGAAUGUGGUACUUCAGAAGUGUUCAUCUUUCUCUAUUAAGUCUUAAUAUUUGUUAUCAAAGUAUUUGAUUUUGGUGACUGUCCGCUCUCGAGGAGAGGUGCUUCUCUGCAGACGGUAAUUCAAUCUUCAUACUGCAGACCUUUAAAUAUCUCUCUACCAGCAGCCACGUGGUGUAAGGUGAUACAUUCACCCACUAGUCUGGUGAUCAGUGGGCGAGCCGGACCCAUCAUUGCCACUUCAGACCCUUAAUCACUUUCUUUAGCUUAUACUGAACUCUAAAAGGACUGUUUACGAGUGACUGCAGGGGAUUUCUGUUGCGAGCCCCCACGUCUAUUGUUUUCCUUCCUCUUCUGUUUUAGUCCAGUACGCUCUCUUCUUCUUUUUGGACUGUGCACCCUGAGGACCUUGCAGUGAAUGGAGAACAUACUGGUUCUGCUCCCGAAGCACCGACAGGAACACGGGCUCUGCAGGCGCACGACUGCAUGUGCCUUGCUGCAGGUUUUCUCCUGGUCUUUAGUAGCGACCCCAACUCACUUUAAGCCUCUUUAAUGGGAUAAAUCAAUUGGACUGAUCAGGUUCGAGACCAGAUCAGGUGGCCGAUUCCAUUUGGACUCCCCCCCAAAGAACUGACAGGCCGAGGCAAGCUGACCUUUUUUUCUUGUCAAGCCCAGUGUUUUCAAAAGGCUUCCGCAUGGUACUUUGGUCGAAAGAACAAGACAAACUCCCCGACAUCGACAUGUCCUCCGGGGACAUUGAGGGGACGAAGGAGGGCGGCCCCCUGACCCCGGCCCUAGUCAACUCCAACUGCUCGGUCCCCCCAGUGAUCCCCUCAAAGGGCCCCGAGGAGGAGAGCCUGGGGAGCGGGAACAACCUCGAGCUCACAGAGGUCCCGAACGGAGACGCCGCGGACGAUGUGGAGAGGUCGGAGAUCGUAGUGGCGACGGACUGCCGGGCGAACGCCAAAGGUCAGCGAGAGGAAGACGCUCUGCUGGAGAACGGCAGCCAGAGCAACGAGAGCGACGAAACGAGCACCGACCAGAGCCCAGAACCACCGGCGCCCCUCAAAGAGACCUCCUUCACCAUCGGCCUGCAGGUGGUCUUCCCCUUCCUGCUGGCCGGGUUCGGGACCGUAGCAGCCGGGAUGGUGCUAGACCUCGUCCAGCACUGGACGGUGUUCAAGGAGGUGAACGAGGUGUUCAUCCUGGUUCCUGCACUGCUGGGACUCAAAGGAAACCUGGAGAUGACGCUGGCCUCCAGACUUUCAACAGCGGCUAAUAUUGGUCAGAUGGACAACGCCAAGAACAUGUGGGAGAUGAUAAUGGGGAACUUGGCUCUCAUCCAGGUCCAGGCCACAGUGGUGGGCUUCCUAGCCUCCAUCGCGGCUGUGAUCUUCGGCUGGAUCCCAGAGGGCCACUUCAGGCUGGACCACGCCGUGCUGCUGUGUGCCUCCAGCGUGGCCACCGCCUUCAUCGCCUCGCUCAUUCUAGGGCUCAUCAUGAUAGGUGUGAUCAUCGCGGCCAGGAAGGUCGGCAUAAACCCCGACAACGUGGCCACGCCCAUCGCUGCGUCGCUGGGAGAUCUGAUCACUCUGUCGCUGCUGGCAGGCAUCUCCACGGGACUGUACAAGGAGCUAGAUAACAACUACGCCAACCCUCUGGUGUGUGCUGUGUUCGUGGCUCUGUGCCCUCUCUGGGUGCUGAUCGCUCGGAGGAUCCCGUCCACCAGAGAGCUGCUGUACUCCGGCUGGGAGCCCGUCAUCAUCGCCAUGGCCAUCAGCAGUGUUGGAGGGUUGAUCCUCGACAAGACCGUCACCCACCCAAACUUUGCCGGCAUUGCCGUCUUCACCCCGGUCAUCAACGGUGUGGGAGGUAACCUGGUGGCAGUUCAGGCCAGUCGGAUCUCCACCUAUCUGCACAUGAACGGUCUCCCGAUGGGUGAUCCCAACGCCACCCCCAGGAAGUGCCCCACACCCUGCGCCACCUUCUUCGGCUCCUCUGUGAACUCUCGCUCCGCCCGGGUCCUUUUCCUCUUGGUCGCCCCGGGUCACCUCGCCUUCCUCUACACCAUCAACUCCCUGAGGGGGGGGCACACCAUGCUGACAGCUGUCUUCGUUUCGUUCUACAUGGUUGCUGCACUACUACAGGUGUUGAUCCUCCUCUACCUGGCAGACUGGAUGGUUCACUGGAUGUGGGGCCGAGGCAUGGACCCAGACAACUUCUCCAUCCCCUACCUGACGGCCCUGGGGGAUCUGCUGGGGACCGGCUUCCUCGCGCUCUGUUUUCACAUGCGAUGGUUUAUAGGGGAUAAAGACUCGAGCUUGGGGAACUGAAUGCAUGCACGGACACAAGCUCAAAAAAGAAAAUCCGGAUCCUCGCUACGCGCCACGCUCGGACAGCGCUGAACGCUACCAGUCUGUGUGGAAGUGGACAUUUUCGACUCUGAAAGGGCUUUUCUUCGAUUGAUGGGGUAGCGCUCGUAGGGCAGUAGUGUUUAACCUUCAGGAUAUCUGCAGCACAGCAGACAGAAUCUGUGUUUCACUUCAGAAACACACGUCUCCACCUCAACCAUUCAACACAACUCUAUAAACUACACUACUCCUCCUAAAUCUUAAUAACUGAGUCUUACUACUUUUAGGUUCUUAUUUUACCGUUGACAAUGAUUGUUAUCGAUUGCUAUGAAUCGACAUGUGCAGGGCCAGUCCUCAUUAUUUUCAAUGGGGACGUUAGCCCCUCCUGUUUUUAAAGAUCAAGUUUUAAAACCAAGACAGCAAAAAAUAUAUGUCCAAACAAGCCUUGAAUGCUUAAUCACCAAGUGCUUUGUCAUAUGUAUUUUAUUAAUUUAAUAUGUGUCUAAUUUCUGAUUUAGUCAAGUCCCAUAGGCUCUCUUUUACCCUGGCCUCGUGACAGUAGCAAAGAGGAUUGGUUUUUUUUUAUAGCAGGGUAAUGGACCACAAACUUAACAGACUAGAUCCCUAUGGCGUCCUUCCUAUCGGCUGAUAAACUAAUUAGAAUCAAAUCUAAUUUGAAUCAAAUCUAAUUUGAAUCAAAUCUAAUUUGAGACGUCAUUCGCAUAACAACAACUGCUAGAACACAAAAUGAUUUACCUGUUAGCAGUUAUGAAACACUUCAUCAAUUUCAAAGUUUCGGUUAAAUUAGGUCCAUAGAGGUGCUUCCCUUUUUGGCCAAAUGUACUUAAAACUGCCCAGAGUACACUUCUUCUUUGUUUGAGCAAACACACAGAAACAGUGGAAAACAGAACGUAGAAAAUGGCCAGACAAGUGUCAGUAAGGGAUUUGUCGGUAUACCUAAAGUUGUCGGUACAGUAAAGUUGUUGGCCUUUUGUGGAUGCCAAGAGGUCAGAGAGGUUUUAAUUUUCCACAACAGGAUAGCAUCAGUUCCCCAUCCUAAACUUAUUAUCUAACUCUCUACUAAAACAAGCUAGUUGUUGAUGUUGCUCACGCUCGGCCUAUUGUAAUGACAACAUGCUGCAACGCACUGGAAACAACCUGCAGAGCUGUACGUUGCUGUAUUCACACAUAGUACAGAGUGUGCUGAAGUGCCUUAGCCAGGAUGUGCUAACUCAGGUUCAGCAGUCUCUCAUACCGGAUGAAAAGUUCAGAUUUUGUAUGUGAAUGUUUGAUAUCUUUAAUUUUAACAAACUAUUUCAAAUGCCUUUUGGGAAUCCAAAUUGGCACACUGCAUCUUUCCAAUGAAAGACAGACCAAUCUUUCUUUAGUUUGGUAUUUUGUAUAGGUUUUAGCUGUAGCUUUAAGAUCAGUGUAGUUCUUUGAGCUGUCCCACGUUCCAGUCAAACCAGCGCUGAUAAAGGCCCGGUCACACCAGCAUGUUUAAAUUAAAAGUAAUUAAAUGAAAUCACAGCGAGUAGUGGAUUCUCUCACUACUUGACAUACAUAUUGAGUUAAACUUAGGUGAAAUUGACCAAUAGCAACAUUUCUGGACUGUCCUGAUCAUUAAGAGAAGAGAUAGAGAUCUUAUCUAGCUAGCUAGCUAUUCGAUCUAGCUAACUAGCUAGCUAUCUCUCCUCUGUUGACCAGAAGUUAUCUAAGCUAAUAGGGCUUGCUCUCAGUUAGCAAGUCUAGUUAGCUUUGAGAUCUUUUAUCCCCAUUGUAGUAACUGUUUGUAAAAAUAAAUGUUUUCCAAUCUCGAGAACAAAAUGCCUGGUAUAGAGAAAAUAGCUAUCUUGAUUGAUUAGCGUUAGCUUGUUUGCGGCUUGCUACUUUUGCGGCUUGCUACUUUCCCCCUCUGUCAAGGACACACACGUAUUAUGCUGUGCUAGCUUGCGGUGUGACUAGUCACAGGGGUAGAUUUCAUUUAUUUUUGUUCAUGAAAAACGAUAGGAACCUUUAGCUCAACGUGGACCCAAACCAAUUCUGAGUCUCAGCUAACGAAUUGACCACAGCAAAUGUCCACUUUCCUCUUUUUCUAUUAAUAAGGUUAGAGUAUAAUCUCUUUACACACAUAUCAUUGAGAUAACUAAUAAUAAUCUCUUUGGUCAGGAGCCUGACCUUUAGUGACUGAAUGACUGACUAAAUCAUGUUUAAUCUAAGGGGGAAAUCAGAUUAACCUCAGUGCCCCAACCCUUGAACACACACAGACUGUGAGUCUCAGCUGCCCUGAGCUGACUCUUUCUUUGAGGGCUCACAGGUGACGAGGAGAAUGAAACAGGAAGUUGUGAGCCAUUUUGAGGCAAAGUCUUACGAGAAACCUGCAUGUGAUUCUUGACUUUAUCCACCGAUUGUAAGACUUCUGUGCUGUUUCCCAGGGGCCAGCAGAAAGGGCACAUAAUGUGAAUGUGCAAAACUUAUUUUAUCUUUUAAAAAUCUUUUAUUUUGAUCUGACUGAUUUUUUUUUUAUGUGUCAAUUAUUUUUGAAUGUUCUAUUCCUUUCCUCCUUUCCCUAAUCUCUUUAACUCUUUGUGAUUAUUGUUUUGUGUCAUAAAUCUUAUCGAGCAAAAAACAACCACUGUAAAGAUGAAGCGACGUCUGGUCAAAGGCACAAAGUACUGUAAUCUGCAGAGCGGACACCAGAGGGCAGCGCAGGGAUUCUCUUAUAACUUUUCAAUGUGUCUCUGUGUCCUCUGGAUUCACACUUGUCCACAAGGAGUGAUGUUUCUUUUGACUUAUUGUAAAAGUUGCAUCCUCCAUCUGUUCACUGUCAGUCUGUAUCCUCCACUCUCUCACUGACCAGCGUUCUGCCUCUGCGUCAAUGGAAAGUUGUGAAUACUUCUAUAAGAGGGCAAGUAAUGCUUUGUCUAUUUAUUUUUAGAUGCACACAAAGCAAAUUGUACAUAUUAUAUUUAUUCUAUAUAUAAGGUUGUUUAUUUUGUCAUUUCAUUUGGGCUCCGUUUCUUAAUGUUGAUGUCACUUUUCUCUUUAUUUUUAUUUUGCAAAAGGCCAGUAGAGCUUCUUGAUGCUCGCCGCAGUAGAAAAGGCGGCGAGGCUAAUGAAUAGCACAGUGCCUAAUACCAGUCUUUUCAAACACAUACUCCACACACACCACACACACACACACACACACACACACACACACACACACACACACACACACACACACACACACACACACACACACACACACACACACACACACACACACACACACACACACACACACACACACACACACACACACACACACACACACACACACACACACACACACACACACACACACACAUCACACACACACCCACCCACACCCCGGGAAAGCAUACUUAUAUAGAAUGACCUUAACCUAUCAGAGCCGAGCUCAACUCAGAGUAACCAAUCAGGAGCUAGGUUCGCCACAGAGUAGCGUCUCCUUAAUUAGCUUUGAUUAAUAUAAGAUGUACAGUGAGUUGAUUAUGAUGUAAUGUAAUAAUGAUGACACAGCAGAGGAGAGGAGGGCUGUUUGCAGCUUUUGUUCACAAAAAAAUUAGAAAAGGGGAAGAUUUUAAUCCACAAACUAGGCAGAAAAACCUGACGUGCAACAAGAAAAAAGGCACACAUAAUUUCUCCUUAUGAUUCCAGAUGGUUCCCCCCAUAUUCAGCCUUAAAAACCCUACUGCCUUGUUCACCUUAGUGCUUCAAACCACCGAGCCCCUGGGAGCAAACAUCCACAUCACGAUGGAGCCUUUGAUUCAGACUUUAGCUUUGAGAAAAACAGUCUCAUGGGGCUGAGGUCUUUGCAAUUUCUGUAUGUUGUUCUUGUUAAAGCCCUCUCUCUUUCUCUGAGGCUGGAGGAAGGCUCUCUCUCCCUGCAGGAAUUUGUAAAUUGCUGGAAAUAAAGGACUAUAUUAUUUCAUACCAUU